AUGGCCACCAAAUCAUCCCCUCUCAUUACCAUCUUCCGCGGUUUCCCAGAUACCGGUUGCUAUACCUGGUCCCUCUUCGUCACCAAGCUGGAGGCCCGUCUCCGUUUCGCCAACAUCCCCUACCGCACCGAACAAGGCUCCUUCGCCAAAGCCCCCCGCGGCAAAGUCCCCUACGUCUCCAUCCAGGAUGGCGAGCAGCCGCCGCAGAUGCUCCCAGAUUCCACCCUCAUUACCAAAGCGCUGAUUGAGAAGGGAUUCACGGAGGAUCUGAACCAGCGCCUGUCUCCGACUGAGCGACUGCAUGAUCUGGCGCUCAAGGCGUUGCUAGAGGAUAAGUUGUAUCCUUACCAGACAUACGAACGAUGGAUCAAAAACUUCUACACCAUGCGCUCCAAGAUCCUCGCUGCCCUUCCCUGGCCCGUCCAGGUUGUCGUUGGCAACAUCAUCUACCGCAAAGUCACCCGCAAUCUCCAGGGCCAGGGUAUCAUGGCCUUCACUGAAGAUGAAAUUAGUGCCUUCCGGCAGGAGAUCUGGGAGAGUUUAAAUGCAGUGGUGGCGGAGGCUCAGGCGAAGCAGUCCGAUAGGGACGGGCCGUUCUGGGUCUGGGGCGGAGAGGGGCCGUCGGAGGUGGAUGCGGUGUUGUUUGCGUUCAUUGCGACGGCGUUGGUGUGCGAUGCGGCACCGGCCACAAAGGAGAUCAUCAAGGGUUAUCCGGCCGUGGUCAAUUAUGCGAGACGGAUCCAUGAUAAGUACUUUCCUGAGUAUGAGCUGUGGAAGUAG